AUGCCUGCCAACAACGGUGUCUUCCAACUGCUCCUAAACAACGCAUCCAGCUACGGCCUGACUCCCCUCGACGGCCAGAGCAACAUCAUCGCUCUGGGUACCCUCCGCGAACCCCAAAUCCAAGGUGCUGGGCCUGCUACCACUGCGCGCAGCGUCCUCCUCAACACCGCGUACUCGAGCGACGCGGCUUCCGUCUACUUCUACGGCAUCCGCGCCCUCUUCCUCUACCGCCUGGCGGAGGUACCGGACACCGUCCUCGCCGUUUAUGUCACCCAGUGGUUCGACCGUUCCGUGGUCAAGAUCGCAUUCCUAUCGCAUGACACGUGUGAGGCGUUCACGCCUAACACGCUCGAUGCGUUCAACAGCGCCGCCCAGAUCGGCGCCAGCGCAGGUUGCAGCUUCUUCUUCGGUGACAAGCUGCUCGCUGUUGAGGCCACUGGCAAGUUCCUUCCCGACCAACCGGGGCCCAGCGGAUUACAAAUUAUCACCGUCGAAGUGUCCUUGAAGAACAAGGAGGCGCCUUGA